GCUUCAGAGUCAACAAGAACUGUAUUUCAAACUGGAUUUGAGGACCCCCACCUUUUGAUAGGUGACUUACUCUCUGCAAGUCUCUGAUCUCUCCUCUUUAAGUAAGGAAGAAAUCCCACAUGGCAGGGUGGUGGGGAGAAUCAGAGAUCAUACAGCUGAUGAUCACAUCUGGUUUCUGUUUCCAGGGUCACCAAACUAGGGUUUCUGAGCAUGGAUCCAACUAUCCCAGCCUUGGACACAAAACUGACACCAAUCAACCGAACUCAGGCGACUCCUUGCUACAAGCAGACCUUGAGCUUCAUGGGGCUGACGUGCAUCAUUUCCCUUGUCGGACUGACAGGAAACGCGGUUGUGCUCUGGCUCCUGGGCUUCCGCAUGCACAAGAACGCCUUCUCCAUCUACAUCCUCAACCUGUCCAUGGCCGACUUCCUCUUCCUCAGUGGCCGCUUUAUAUAUUCCCUGUUAAGCUUCAUCAGUGUGCCCCAAACCAUCUCUAAAAUCCUCUAUCCUGUGAUGAUGUUUUCCUACUUUGCAGGCCUGAGCUUUCUGAGCGCCAUGAGCACCGAGCGCUGCCUGUCCGUCCUGUGGCCCAUGUGGUACCGCUGCCGCCGCCCCACACACCUGUCAGUGGUCCUGUGUGUCCUGCUCUGGGUCCUGUCCCUGCUGCGGAGCAUCCUGGAGUGGAUGUUCUGUGGCCUCCUGUUUAGUGGUGUGGAUCCUGUUUUGUGUCAAACAUCGGAUUUCAUCACAGUCGCGUGGCUGAUUUUUUUAUGUGUGGUUCUCUGUGGGUCCAGCCUGGUCCUGCUGGUCAGGAUUCUCUGUGGAUCCCGGAAGAUGCCGCUGACCAGGCUGUACGUGACCAUCCUGCUCACAGUGCUGGUCUUCCUCCUCUGCGGCCUGCCCUUCGGCGUUCAGUUUUUCCUAUUUUUAUGGAUCCACGUGGAUCGGAAAGUCUUAUAUUGUCAUGUUCAUCUAGUUUCUAUGUUCCUGGCCACUCUUAACAGCAGUGCCAAUCCCAUCAUUUACUUCUUCGUAGGCUCCUUUAGGCAGCGUCAAAAUAGGCAGAACCUGAGGCUGGUUCUCCAGAGGGCUCUGCAGGACACACCUGAGGUGGAUGAAGGUGGAGGGCGGCUGCCCGAGGAAACACUGGAGCUGUCCGGAAGCAGAUCGGAGCAGUGAGGA